AUCUAUCUAUUCAAUCACUCGUGAGCUUUGGAGCACAUGUCUAUUUAAUACGAUACGCAAAACACAUUGGAUUUAUUAUUAUAUUUUGUUUCAUAUUUUCAUAGAUGAGAGUACAGUAUAUUUGCAAAUAAAAAUAAUGGCUGAUGACAGUGACACUGAAGAGAAGCAACUGCAGUUUCAUCAAAUGGAAUUGGACGAUAGGAUUUUAAAAGCGAUUGCGUUACUAGGUUGGUUAACACCGACGCUUAUUCAAGAGAAAGCAAUUCCAUUGCUGUUGGAAGGUAACGACGUUUUGGUACGAGCUAAAACUGGUUCAGGCAAGACAGCUGCAUUUGCAAUUCCAGUGGUUCAGAAAAUUUUAAAAAUGAAAAAAGAGGCUACAAUUUCCGAACAAAAAAUCACAACGAUAGUUUUGGCACCCAGCAAGGAGCUAUGUCAACAAAUCAGGUCCUCCUUCGAUGAACUGACAAUAAAAUGCCAAAGAGAUGUUCGUUCCAUCGAUUUGGCAUCAACAGUUAAUCCGGGAACAGUGAAACAUAUGCUUGCGGAAAGACCGGAUGUUAUAAUUGCAACGCCUGCCAAAAUUUUGACUCAACUAAAAUCGGGCAUUGUUAAACUAGAUGCUUUAGAAACAAUAGUCAUAGAUGAAGCUGACUUGGUAUUUUCUUUUGGUUUCGAAGAUGAUUUGAAAGAAGUGCUCAACUAUUUGCCAUCGAUUUAUCAAGCAAUUUUGGCAUCCGCUACGCUCAGUGAUGAUGUCACCACACUGAAAAGACUUGUCUUACACAAUCCUGUCGUGUUGAAACUCGAGGAACCCGAAUUGGCUCCAGUUUCGCAGUUGUCACAUUAUCGAAUCUUAGCAGAAGAAUGUGAUAAAGCAGCCAUUUUGUAUUCUCUCCUUAAGCUAGAACUGAUCCGCGGCAAAAGUAUUGUAUUCGUAAAUACAGUCGAUCGAUGCUACAAGUUAAAACUUUUUUUGGAACAAUUUUCCAUAAAGUCAUGUAUUUUAAACUCUGAACUUCCGGCCAAAGUGCGAUGUCAUGCCGUCACACAAUUUAAUCGCAAUUUUUACGAUAUAAUAAUUGCAUCCGAUGAGCAGGCUUUGAAUCAACCAAAAAUUAAGCAGACAAAAGUUGGAAAAGUUGACAAAGAAUCUGGUGUUGCUCGAGGUAUUGAUUUUCAACACGUAUCAAAUGUGAUCAAUUUUGAUUUUCCAUUGGACGUCAGCUCCUAUGUGCAUAGAGCAGGGCGAACAGCCAGGGGUAACAACACUGGGAGUGUACUAUCAUUCGCUGAUAUGUCAGAAAAACCACUUCUGGAAGCAGUGGAGGAACAUCUCAAGGCUGGAUAUUCAAGCGAAACUGAUGUAAUAAAAAACUAUCAAUUCAAAUUAGAAAAGGUUGAUGCAUUCCGAUAUCGAGCCAACGAUGCGUGGCGUGCCAUCACAAAAGUUGCUAUUCGAGAUGCUCGAGUCAAAGAAAUCAAAAAUGAGAUGAUCAAUUGUGAAAAAAUGAAAAGCUUCUUCGAUAACAACCCGCGCGACUUGCAACUUUUGAGACAUGACAAACAAUUGGGUACCGUUAAAAAGCAAGCACACUUGGCAGAUGUUCCAGAUUAUAUUGUUCCACCGGAAUUGAAGCGCCUCUCUCGGACUACUGCAAGCAGCAACAGUAACAAGCGGAAAAGAUCGUAUGCCAAUAACAAAUCAAAGUCAGCAUUUCAGCUAAAACAAAAUAAUCCAUUGUAUGUUUCUAAAGUCAAUAGCGCUAAGAAACAUAGAAAAUAGCAACACUUGAUGUAUUUUGUUAUUCAAUAAACGUACAGCGUACACCCUAAUGUA